AAGCGCAGUAAUUCGGUCCUGUAUUUUGGUGCUCCGUUGAUCAUAGAAUUCCAUUAUUGAAUUAUUUGAACAGUAGGUUAAUUUUUAUUUAUUUCAAAGCAUUUUUACUGUCGUGAAAAGUGACAUAUAAAAGUACAGUUGCAGUAAGCUACGCGUUGGCCUCGGCGUAUUGAAGAAAUAGAAAUUUCCAUAGAGAAACUCAUCUUUUACCAUUUUUUCUUCUUCUAAAUUUCAUGUAAUCUCAGAUGGAAUAAUCUUUUUCCUUUGUUUAACGUUAAAAUAGUAAAUUUAAUAAAAUAUUAAAGAAAUUAAAAAGAUAUUCUUAAUUCUCUCGUAUCUGUAGUUUAGAAAUUAUUAUUGACUCUUCAAAUUGCGUAUAAGUUCGAGAUACGCGUAACAACCAUUACAUGACUAACGGAGUCAACGAAUCGUCAUUUAAAACUGUAAAAGUGAACUGUCAUUAUAUUCAUUCAGAAUGUCUAGUAAUCCAAAAUUUGUGUUUGGUUUCGAAUUGUUACAAAAAUUAGUUGACAAUGAUAUUUGUAAAAAGGAAGAUGUUAUUAUUUUGUUCGUACACUGGUAUAUCAUAAAGUGUGGCUUUAAAUGUUUAGGUUAUGGAGAUGUCAAAUUAUUUGAUACAUCUGAAAGAGGUUCAGAAUUGCUUCCAGAGAACUGGAACAAAGGGCCUAAUUAUACGUUACGUUAUUUGAUAGAUGGCAAAUUAUUUCUUUUGUAUGGAAUAAAAUCUGAUGAGGAUAUACUUAUUAAUUUAUUGAGGAUAGAUAAUAACAAUAUAGGAAAUAUACAAUUUCCUAUAGAACAAACCGUUAAUAAGCUUCAUGGUCCUUUAGAAGAAUUAAUACCAUCGUAUCUAACAAUUAUGCAUAGAAUUCGUAAAGAACUAUUGGAACCUGUAUUUCCUAUUGAUAGCGUAGAUAUGUCUACUCAAACAUCAACUUCUGAACGUAAACCUAGAGAUAUUUGUCCCGAUCCAUUAAGGGUUGAUCCACCUCAAAGACCUUCGAGCGUUUCACAACCUUGGAAUCCUGAAGCAGAUCCAAGAAGAGUAGGUUCAUCAGAUUUAGAUCCUCUUGGAAGAGGUAGAGGUGGUGGGAUGAUAUAUGAUCCAUUUUCUCGUGUACCAUGGGGUAUGGAUCCAAGAGGAAUCGGUGGUUUAGGAGUACCUGGAAGAUUACCACACGGAGCGGUGCCACCUGGAGCAAGGUUUGAUAUUUUUGGACCACCCGAUUUGAAUCCAGUACCGCGCAGACCGCAAAAUCCUGACAACGACGAAUUACCACCUCCAGGAUACGACGACAUGUUUAUGUAAAAAAGAGGAAACCAAGUAUAAAAUUAAUAUUAAUCGGAAA